AUGCAUUUUUUAUACUUGUACUUUAUUUCACCAAAAAUUUGGAGGAAAAAAGUACAAUUUACUUUUUUCCUACACUUUUUUACUAUGAACUUUUUUUAUACAGUUUUUAAGAUUAUUUUUGAUAACACUAUUUUGCUGUGUUUCUUUAAUGUCUUUGAGCCAUUAACUUUGUUAUUAGAAUGACCUUUAUUGCUUAAUAAUUAA